UUGUUCUAUUACACACCUACCACCCUAAAUUCCUGAGAUUCACACCCAUGCCACCCUCCAUCACUCCAUCAGUAGUAGUAGUAGACCAGUAGGGCACAAAAAGCUUGGAUCUUUGUGUUCAUUACAGCUUCGAUUUGCCAAAAAUUAAAGAAUCAUCGAAGCCCCCACUGUCUUUUCGAUCCACCUUUUCAACUUCUCGGAGUGAUCACUGGCCAAUAAAGCCCAAGAACUAAUCUUCAAACAACAUUUGACUUUGUCCCAUAAUCAUUAUUUCUUUUCUCGUCACUUUGGGUUCAAAAGCCAUCUGGGUCUGGAAUCUCUUUGCCCAAAUUAUCAUAAACCAUACCAGCUUUGUUAAUUUUUUUUAAAAAUAUUUUGGGUUUUUCUAUUGUCUUUUCUUUGAGAUCAAUUUACAAUGGAUGCCCUGUGUGCUUCUACGAUUAAAGCUAAUGUACACCAAGUGCCUAAUUCAAGGAAGUUUGGCUAUGGGGAUAGUGGAUUAUGGGGUGAGAAGAUCAGGGGAAGCUUUAAACAUAGAGGCAUUAGUGUUAAUAAAUCCGAGAUCCAUGAGAGAAGCUCUAAGAAAGUUAAGCCUGGAGUUACCUACUCUGUGCUGACUCAUGACAUUAACAAACAACUCCUGUCAUUUGAGACACAGAAUUUUGAAGAUCAGCCAGAGGCUGACCCAAGAAAUGUAGCCUCCAUCAUCCUGGGCGGUGGUGCUGGGACCCGUCUUUUUCCUCUUACAAGAAACCGCGCUAAACCAGCUGUUCCUAUGGGUGGUUGCUACAGGCUUAUUGAUGUACCAAUGAGCAACUGCAUCAAUAGUGGGAUCCGGAAAAUCUUCAUCCUUACCCAAUUUAAUUCCUUCUCCCUUAAUCGUCAUAUUGCCAGAACAUACAGCAUUGGAAAUGGAGUCAAUUUCGGCGAUGGAUUUGUGGAGGUUCUAGCUGCCACACAAACGCCAGGAGAAGCAGGGAAAAGGUGGUUUCAAGGCACUGCUGAUGCAGUAAGGCAAAAUAUAUGGGUGCUUGAGGAUUCUAGGAACAAGAACGUGGAGCAUAUAUUAAUUUUGUCCGGUGACCAUCUUUACCGGAUGGACUAUAUGGACUUUGUUCGGAAACAUGUUGAAACUGGUGCUGAUAUCACGGUUUCUUGUGUGCCCAUGGAUGACAGCCGUGCUUCAGAUUAUGGGUUGAUGAAGAUUGAUGCAAACGGGCGUAUUGUACAAUUCGCCGAGAAACUUAAAGGGCCUGCUGUCAAAACAAUGAGAAUUGACACAUCUAUCCUAGGGCUUUCUGAUCAGGAGGCUAAGAAAUACCCUUAUAUUGCGUCCAUGGGUGUAUAUGUUUUUAGAACCCAGGUUCUAUUAGAUCUUCUAACGUCACAACACCCUUCGUGCAAUGAUUUUGGCUCAGAAAUCAUCCCUGCUGCAGUCAAGGACCGUAAUGUCCAAGCAUAUUUGUUUAGUGAUUACUGGGAGGACAUUGGGACAGUAAAGUCUUUCUUUGAUGCGAACUUAGCCCUUACCGAGCAGUCUCCUGUGUUUGACUUCAAUGACCCAAAGUCUCCUUUCUACACCUCACCAAGAUUCUUACCUCCUACUAAGGCUGACAAGUGCAAGAUGGUGGAUGCUAUAAUCUCACAUGGUUGCUUCUUGGGGGAGUGUACUCUUAAACACUCCAUAGUCGGUGUACGGUCACGAUUAGAUAAUGGCGUGGAGCUUGAGGAUACAAUGAUGAUGGGCGCAGACUACUAUCAGACAGAAGCAGAGAUUGCUUCUCUAUUAGCUGAUGGGAAGGUUCCUGUUGGGAUUGGCGCAAACACCAAAAUCAGAAAUUGCAUCAUCGACAAGAAUGCCAAAAUAGGAAAAGACGUGGUUAUUGCAAACAAGGAUGGAGUUGAUGAAGCAGACAGGGCAGAUGAAGGUUUUUACAUUAGGUCUGGGAUCACGAUCAUUCUGAAGAACGCAACUAUCAAGGACGGGACCAUCAUUUAAGAAAGCUUCACCUAAAAAGUUCAUUUUUCCUUCUCAAACUAUUCUCAGACGAUGUGUCGUUAGGACUUUGGAGUUAGGGGAUGAUAAUAUAAAUAAAUAGAUGUGUAGUCCAACUAUCAAUAUAAGUUAAUCUUUUAGUUGAGACAGAACACAUCCUUCAGUUCAGUUAAAUACUCAAAUCAUAGACAUGUUUGGUGUAUAUAUUUCAUAAACAAAGCGAUAGACCGCAAUUAUUUGUUUAUUAAUUUGUGUAUGAAUUUAUUGUGUUAGGUUCUUUUUCAUCUUCUUCCAUGGCUAACAGGUUUGCCACUGUCAUGGUUUUCUCUUGCAAGCCCACUCAUAUUUUCCUUCUUCCACUCCAUGUUUUUAAGCCUGGCGGGCAUCGUAUGCAGUUUGCUCAGCUUGGACGACUGAUGACUGAUGAUGUCAGCUGUUGUGGGACUCUCGCUGAAGACGAUUGCAUAACCAUCCUGGUAUCUUUCCAUGCCUUCUGGAAACAGCUGCCAGAACAAGCUGCCAGCCGCUGCACCCCCGCCCUUAGCAGAAGAGUAAAUGUCUGAGUAAACAGUGUUCAUCAGCUUGUCCCUCUUUGCAACAGUGAACCCGGGAUCUGUCUUGCUCUUCCCAAACUCUGAUAAGAUCAUAGGCUUCUUAAGAAUGUUUUGCGCGUCCUCAAUGUGGACGUCAAUCCACUUUCUCAGAAACGAGAGUUGAUCUUCAUCACUCGUUCCAUUCAACCUCCAUAGACCAAGUUUCUUAUUACAUUUAAGUCGAAUGUCAGCCUGAAACUGGGCAAUCCCGAUUUGGAAUCGGAUUGGAAUGUGCUCGGGUCUGAACCAGAGAUCUUUAUACUAAAAAUAUGUGAAAGUGAACUUACAUACCAGACAUCGGCAUAAGCGUGAGCAGUGGUGAAAUCGAUCUCAGGAAUUUGAUUAUUGGCAAUGAAAUCAGUCCCAAAUUGAGAGCCGCUAGUCACUCCCUGAUUUUUUUCAGCAUUUGAUGGCCCAUAAAAGCCUUCCAGUCCAACUUGUAGCAGAUGCUUAUUGUCGAUGGAUUUCACGUAGGCAGCCAUUUCUUUGAUCCAAUUCUGGAAAAACAAACAUAAGAAGUUCAUGCAUUGGGUCUUUUUGUGGGAAAAGUUCUUUUUUUAUGCUAAUCAAUUCUAAAUUAUAUAGUUUUUGAAGAGCUAAUUUGAUUCUAAAGUGCAAUGUUAC